GAACCGCAGGCGGGAGAGGAAGUCACCGCUGGACACAGUCACCCGGCUCCCGGGGGUGGGUUCGCACCCCUCCAGCUGCAGGGAGCUCCCUCGGGUGCCCCCUGGGAGAUGGGGUGCCCUGGGGGUCCCCGGUGUCCACUGACACCCGUGCUGCUGCCCUUCCUGGUGCUGCUGGCCACGGCCGGUGGCCAAGGAUCCCCCAAGUGCCAGGAACAAGCCGUGGCUGCUGGUGGAGAGCUGCGGCUGCUGCCGGAUAAAACUCCGCAGGAGAGGGAAAAGGUUGUAUGGAGAGCGUGCCUGGACACGGGACACAAGCUCCAGAUCCUGAAGAUUAAGAAUAAAACUGCCCAACUCGGGAGGGACAGCCCUUUUUAUCAGAGAGUUUUUUUUGGGGUGAAAAGUCUCUUCCUGGCGAUUCGGCCGGCUCGCACGGCAGACAGUGGGAUCUACUGGGCAGAUUUUGAGGGCACAGCAGAGGCUGUUACUGAGCCGUGCUUCCGCGUGUUGGUGUGGGAGCCCCUCCACAAGCUGCUCCUGGAGACGCGCAUCCUGCACUGGGAGCAGGACCGCUGCAACCUCUCCCUGCUCUGCACCGUGCCCGGGGCCACCAACGUCUCCUACAGCUGGUCCUGCACCGGGGGACACCCCGGAGCCCUGGUCCACCAGCCCCAGCUGGACCUACAGCUCCUUGGGGACUCUGACCCCACUGUCUGCUUCUGCAACGCCACCAACUCGUUGAACUGGAGAAUGGCUGCCACCAAUGUCACAGCAUCCUGUCUCUCUGCGGGCCUAGGCGCUUCGUGGUCCUACUGCAGCGUGAAGGGGAUGCUCUGCCUGCUGGUGCUGGGCAGCCUGGGCACGGCCGUGGCCAUCACACACCUCCUCCUCCGGCAGCGGGGACCCCCCUCCCACGGCGCUGGCACUGGGUAGGACCCCCACAAGGCGGGGGCACCUUGAGCCAUGCAUCAGUUGAGACCUCAACAUUCCCCAACAAACGAGGUGCUUUUCACAGCCAUGAGUUAUUGACCCACCUGAGCAUGAAUUAAAGAAAAAACAACUUUUUUUCA